AUGGAAGUCAGAAAUGUGACGUCAGAGCUGAUAACUUACAAACACCUUGAUCACUCACUUCAUUUCCGUCUUCAUUUCCGUCGUCCCUUCUCCCUAUCAAAUACCUUCCAUUUUUAAAAUAUCGAAAGACGAUCGAAAGAUAUUAAUCAACAUGGGGUUAAUAUCUGACCUCUUGUCGGGCGGAAAAAAAUCUUCCCACACAACUCCUAAUCGUCCUGAUAGUAAUACCAACGCCCCAGACUCUACAAACAACCCUUACCCUCCUGUAGGAGCGAGCAAUCCUUUACCUCCCCAUAGUAAAAAAAAUGGUCAUCAAUAUGAUGAAGAUCAAUCACUUCCUCCAGGCUGGGUAAAACAAUGGAGUGAAGAACAUCAUCGUUAUUUUUAUGUUGAUUCGAAUGCUUUAAAUGGUCCACAAUCUCAUUGGGUUCAUCCUUCCGAGAUGAAUACGAACCAUUCGAGCGGACGAGUAUCAAAUUUCGUUGGUUCAUCUUACCCACAAGAUCCUCGACACCACUCAUAUGCUCAACAGUCUAUGUAUCAACAAGUUCCCACUCAGAUGAAUGAGAGACGUAGCGAUGUAAGAGGAAGAAAAAGUGGAAUGAAUCCGUACGAGUUUCUUGUCUUGUUCGCGCGUGCUAAUCGUUCCAUCUGAAAAGACUCGAAUCCAAAUUUCCGUCGUAUCACGUAGCAUGAUGGCUGGUGCUGGUGGUCUCGCUGGUGGGAUGUUGCUAGGAUCGAUGCUCGAGGGAGAUCAUGAACGUAGAGAGGGAUAUGAAGAAGGCUACGAGGAUAAUGGGAAUGAUGAUGGGGGAAUGUUUGGUGGAGGUGAUGACUUUGGUGGUGAUUUUUGAUCACACUAUUCUUCCAUUUUUACCAUUUUUCUCAAGCAUGGCUUUGUAAUCAUUUAUAAGAUCAACUUUAUGAUAAGUAUUAGCAGAAAGAGCCUCACGCUCAGAUCUGAUUCUCACUCAAAUAUAUAACUCAGGUGCUUUUAAUAUAAUCCAACCAUAUUCUUCCCAGAUCAAAACUCAUUUCACAUCAUCUAUCAAGAUAAACCUCAAGUUACUACAAGAUGCAAUCUCCUCGCGUGUUUGCUAUUACUACAUUAUUGUUCAUCUUUGCCACCUUAUUUGUCGGUCAGAAAUUACAUUUUAUGUCCCCUACUUAGGAUGC